ACGUCACUUACAUAGCAUAUGAUUGGUUGUUGACAUCACUUGUGUUGUUGUUGUUGUUGUCGAUUAACAACUGGUUUGUUGUUGUUUUUUGGUUGUCUGAAGAAUUGAUUGAUUGAUUGAUGACAUCUUCAGAUCAAAUGGAUGGAUCAAAAAGAUUAAGACAGACAUCGAUUGAAGACUUUGUUAUUGUGGUCAAGAGGAAGACAUCGGCAACAAUUGGUGUCAUUAAUGAUAAUGAUAAUCGUAAGGACAAUAACACCGCCGCCGCUGAUAAUGGCCAUCAAUUGUUGCCGGCAGUCGCCAUGAACACAUCCGACCCGAUGGCCGACAGCAAUAUUGGCCAACAAACAAGCGCUGCUGACCAACAAAUGAGUGUCGAUGAUAACAACCCGACGAUGACGACGACGACCACCACCGAUGAUGUCAUGUCUAUUGAACUGAGCGAUUGGUCAGAAACUAGCGAUAUAAGCGAAAUACCUGAAACACCACCCGAUGGACAACAACUCGCGACGGUAUUGGACACGAUUAGUAGUAGAAGUAGUAGUAGUAGUACUAGUGAUGAUGAUGACAGUACCGCUGCGUUUAAAUCAUUGAACCGAAUGCCUGGUUGUCUGCAACCAUUGUCACCGCUGACAACUGGUCCGCAUUACUACAUAUUGUAUCGGAUCUCCGACAACAACGACGUUUCGCUCGACAUUUCUGGCCGACGACUGUCGCCACCGAAACCGUUUCCCAAUCACUAUACCGACAAAUGGGACGCCAAACAUGUGAAAAUGCCUAACAGUCCGAACAAUCAGAUAACAGCCGUGGAACAGACCAGCGACGGACAAGUGAUUAGACGGCGACAAUCAAAGUGGGAACUAAUCGAAAAGAGUCUACUCAUUGAUAUUAAAUGUGUGGAACAGUUGGAGGAGACGAUGAAAACUUAUAAUCCGUUUGUCGAAAAUUAUAAUUUCAAUGUUUUGAGAACUUUUCUGAACGAUAACUGUGAUCAACGAGAAAGGUCACAGUUUUUCGAUGAAAUUCUGCCCAAAAUGAUUCAAUUGACACUACAGUUGCCAGCGAUUGUCACCCAAUCGGUUCCGAUGCUUAAACAAAGACAAAACGCCACCUUAUUUCUAAGUCAACAACAAAUUUCUUGUCUCUUAGCCAAUGCAUUCUUCUGUACGUUUCCUAAGCGAAGUCAUACUAAUGAAGAAUAUAAGAAUUUUCCGGUCAUUAACUUCUUGAGUUUGUUCACAAACUAUGGAUACGAUGACAAUUCGCAGACAAAAAUCGAAAAACUAAAAUGUAUUAUCAAUUACUUUCGGCGAGUAGUCAAAGACCCACCAACUGGUGUCGUCAGUUUUGAACGAAGAUAUCGGACUAGCGAUGAACUACCCGUUUGGCAAAACUCGAUGAAAUCGUUGAGGAAAUUGGUAACAAUGAAGAAUGGUUUUAUCGAAAAUGAAGGCAAAGGUCUACUGCAAGUAGACUUUGCCAACAAAUACAUCGGAGGCGGUGUUUUGGGCGGCGGCUGUGUUCAGGAAGAGAUUCGAUUUGCCAUUUGUCCCGAACUGAUUGUCGCCCGACUUUUUACCGAACGAUUGCUGAACAAUGAGGUUCUAGUGAUGAACGGUUGCGAACAGUUUAGCGAAUAUACCGGUUAUGCCAAUAGUUUUAUGUGGACUAAUGAUUACAGAGAUGAUGUACCGUUUGAUGAGUGGGGCCGUCGACUAACCAGAAUUGUGGCCAUCGAUGCAUUGUAUUUUACAUACUCUAUGAUUGAUAGUCAAUACGAUAAUUCGCAAAUUGAACGCGAAUUGAAUAAAGCGUACAUCGGGUUUAUGGACACCACCACCACUAUCGGUGAUUGUGAUCCGAAACAUAAGUGCGCCAUUGCGUCGGGCAAUUGGGGUUGCGGUGCCUUCAACGGUGAUCCCGAACUGAAAGCUGUCAUCCAAUUGAUGGCCGCCACCGAAGCCGACAGAGAUCUGGUACUCUUUACGUUCGGCGAUUCUCGACUGAAGAAAAAGUUGAAUAAAUUCUAUACAUUCAGUGCAACCAAUGGUUUCAAAGUUAAACAUUUGUCCAGAGCUUUGAAAUUAUAUCAACAAAACCGGAAGUCAAAAGCAAUCAAAAAAAGUGUUAGUGUUUUGGAUUUUAUUAUCAACUGUUGUAGUGAUGUUGUGACUACUAUUGGGUGACAAUAAUUUAAGUAACUGUUUAACUACUGGUAAUCGAUAUAUGAAUUGCUUAAACAAACAAAAUAAAUAAACAGUUAGUGCCUAAAAAACAGUUAAAUUUUUU